CGCGCCUUUCCUAGUGAACCGGAUGCGCUGCCAGUCUCCUCCUCCGCGUCCUUAGCCUCCUCCCAGCUCCCUGGAGAAGGCGCUGCCACCCCGAGGCCUUGGCCAAGAGGCUGCUGGCGACUGGCCCGGCGGGCGCGGCCACGGGAGGAACUGGGCGCGCACGGCUACCGCGCGUGGAGGAGACACAGCCCUGCGGCCAUGGGUGGCAGGGCCGCUCCUUCACGCCGGAGACAGGCGGGCCGCCGCUUGCGCUACCUGCCCACUGGCAGCUUUCCCUUCCUCCUCUUGCUGCUGCUGCUCUGCAUCCAGCUCGGGGGCGGACAGAAGAAAAAGGAGAAUCUUCUGGCUGAAAAAGUGGAACAGCUGAUGGAAUGGAGUUCCAGGCGCUCCAUCUUCCGAAUGAAUGGCGACAAGUUCCGAAAGUUUGUGAAGGCCCCACCUCGGAAUUACUCCAUGAUUGUCAUGUUCACUGCUCUUCAGCCUCAGCGGCAGUGCUCUGUUUGCAGGCAGGCUAAUGAAGAAUAUCAAAUCCUGGCUAAUUCCUGGCGUUACUCAUCUGCUUUUUGCAACAAGCUGUUUUUUGGAAUGGUGGACUAUGAUGAAGGGACAGAUGUUUUUCAACAGCUCAACAUGAACUCUGCUCCCACAUUCAUGCACUUUCCUUCAAAAGGCAGACCCAAGAGAGCUGAUACUUUUGACCUUCAACGAAUUGGAUUUGCGGCUGAGCAGCUAGCAAAAUGGAUUGCUGACAGAACGGAUGUUCAUAUUCGAGUUUUCAGGCCACCCAACUACUCUGGUACUAUUGCUCUGGCCCUGUUGGUGUCGCUUGUUGGUGGCUUGCUGUAUCUUAGGAGGAACAACUUGGAGUUUAUCUAUAACAAGACUGGUUGGGCCAUGGUAUCUCUGUGUAUAGUCUUUGCUAUGACGUCUGGCCAGAUGUGGAAUCAUAUCCGUGGACCUCCAUAUGCUCAUAAGAACCCACACAAUGGACAAGUGAGCUACAUUCAUGGAAGCAGCCAGGCUCAGUUUGUGGCAGAGUCACACAUCAUUCUGGUACUGAAUGCUGCUAUCACCAUGGGGAUGGUUCUUCUAAAUGAAGCAGCAACCUCCAAAGGGGAUGUCGGGAAAAGACGAAUAAUUUGCCUCGUGGGAUUAGGCCUGGUGGUCUUCUUCUUCAGUUUUCUACUUUCAAUAUUUCGUUCAAAGUACCACGGCUACCCAUAUAGCUUUUUAAUUAAAUGAAGCCAAGUGGAUUUGCGUAAAGUGAGUGUUUACUGUGAAGAGAAGCUGCCCCUGACAUUUUACGUUUAUUCUUUGUUGAUUGUGAUACACUAGCUUUUUCUUGUAUAAUUUUUUUAAACUGUGGAUUUUCCUAAAAAAAAAAUAAUUCCUACAAAUGGAUAUGUAACAAUCCAUAAUCCACAAUGGACCAUCAAAGUGUUCUUCAGUCUUCUCGAUGUAUGCCACAAGAAUGAAAUAAAUGACAGUGGAACUAUGAAUUCAUGUUUUAGAACUGUGUUUGCUCAUUAGCAAGGAAACCACAUGUUAGUAACGAAGUCCAUGGAAUGUAUGUAAAAGAAUUACUAGUAAUAUACAAGGAUAGAGCAUAUGCAUGAAAUGUGUUGUGUGGACAAUAUUCCUACUGCAGUUUCACUUAUAAAGGACCUGCACUGUUACAAA